AUGUACGAGAUUGUCAAAUCUGAGAGAGAUUCAGCGCAGCAAUCACUUCAUGAAGCGCGGAAGAAUUUCUCUGAAUUCCAAGCGGAUUUUCAGAAAGAAGUAAAAAGUGAUUUCGAUAAGAAGGCGCGUGAGUUGGAAGCAUCAGCAGUCGCGAAAGAUCGUCAACUACAGAGCGCUAUAGAAGAGAAGAGCGAUUUGGAGAAGCAGAUUGAGAAGUUCCGUAACGAACGUGAAGAGUUACGACAGGAGAACUCUGAACUCAUUGACGAACUGAAAAAAGUUCAGCAGAGCAUUACACAAUCCGAAAAGACACGAAAAAGUCUGGAGGUUGAUCGCAAUACCUUUAAGGUAAGCUAUCGUUCAACGUAA